ACCGGUUCCAUCCACAAGCAAAGCACUACCACUAGCUUAGCACUCGACACAAAACUUUGAGCUUUCUGCCAAGAAAGAAGGUGAUACAACCAUGGUCAGUGCCAAGAGACUUUCUCAAAUGAUAAGGAAGUGGCAAAGAGUGGCAGCCAUCGGGAGGAAGAAGCUCAUGUGGACUUCAGCAAAAGAAGUCGAUGAGCGCUGCAUGUCAGUGUCAGUGAAGGGCCACUGCGCCAUGUACACUGCUGAUGGGAGGCGGUUUGAGGUGCCAUUGGCGUACCUCAGCACAACGAUCAUCGGGGAGCUCCUGAGGAUGUCUCAGGAUGAGUUUGGCUUCACAAGCGAUGGAAGGAUAACCCUGCCUUGUGAUGCAGCUGUGAUGGACUAUGUCAUGUGCUUGCUCAGAAGGAACGCAUCAGAAGAGGUAGAGAGAGCUUUCUUGAGCUCUGUGGUGAGACCUUGCCACUAUGGAAAUGGUUUGGAGCCAUCUAUUGGAGUUAGCCAGCAAGUAGCUGUUUCUGGCUUCUGAGGAUUCAGUGUUCGUUUUACCUUCUUUUGUCUGUCCAUCCUUUUGGAUGAUGUAAAUAGUUCUAUGUAGGAGAUAGGAAAUGAAAGAAUCAUAUGGCAAGUUGACCAUUUGACUCUUGUCUUGACUUCUGUCUGCUUAGUUCCUCAACUCUGUUUGUCUGACGAAUUAAGAUAAGGCUCUAUUGCGUAA